AUGCUCCGUAUCCGACCACAGUUUGCGCGACAGUCGCUCGCCCGAUUGUACUCGACCCAAAGACAGAAGAUCCUGUUCCUUGACAACGUGGUGGACGCCAAAGACGAGUUUGAAAAGCUCAAGAAGAAGGCCGACGUGGUGACUCUCAAGGAUGGAACUGACCGAGAAUCGUUUCUCAAGGACCUCAAAAACACCUACAAGGACAUCAAUGCCAUCUUCCGAACCUUCAUCAGUGUCAAAAAGACCGGCCGGUUCGACGAGGAGCUGGCCAAGGCUCUUCCUGAGUCCUGCAAAGCUGUCUGCCAUUACGGAGCAGGCUAUGACCAGAUCGAUGUGCCCUUCUUCUCCGAAAGAGGCAUUCAGGUCAGCAACGUGCAGUCCAUGGCCGACGAGUCGACUGCUCUCACGAACCUGUAUCUAAUGAUCGGCACCCUGCGAAACUUCGGAGACGGAGCUCUCAACUUGCAAAAGGGCCAAUGGCUCAAGGGAGUGGCCCUGGGCAACGACAUCUCCGGCAAGACUCUCGGAAUUCUCGGUAUGGGCGGAAUCGGCCGAGAAAUCAGAGACUACGUGGCUCCUCUGGGUUUCAGCAAGGUGCUGUACUACAACCGAAAUCGCCUGGCCCCCGAGCUGGAAAAGGACUCUGUCUACUGCCAGUCGCCUGAAGAUCUAUUUUCCAAGGCCGAUGUCAUUUCCAUCAACGUGCCUCUUAAUGCUGCUACCAAGCACCUCGUCAACGCAGAGUCCAUCUCCAAAAUGAAGGACGGAGUCAUCAUUGUCAACACCGCUCGAGGCCCUGUUUGCGACGAGAAGGCCCUAGUGGACGGUCUAAACUCUGGAAAGAUUGGAGGAGUCGGUCUCGAUGUAUUCGAGCGAGAGCCUGCCAUUGAAGAAGGUCUUUUGAAACACCCUAGAACCCUGCUUCUGCCUCAUAUGGGAACCUGGUCCCACGAGACCCAUUUCAAGAUGGAGAAGGCGGUUCUGGACAACCUCGAGAGCUUUGUUGAUACUGGAAAGGUUAUCUCCAUUGUUCCUGAGCAGAAGGGCAAGUUUUAA